AUGAAGGUCAUUAGUGUUAUUAUCGUCACUGCUCUCGCUGCUUUACCAUCUGCUGCUAUGGGCACUGUGGAGGAUGGUGGGGCAUGCACCACAACGUCGGAGUGCAGAUACAUCCUUUCAGAAUGUGAAAACGGUGUCUGCACGGCAGAUGAAGGCUUAGCAGAAUUUGCGAAAGGGAUCUCCGAAGUGGAGCUCGCCAAAAUUGAACAAGAACAUCCAGGAUCGAAGUAG